UAUGUCUUGUAGAGCAUAUUUUUCAUAUAAAUAGAGCAGGAAUAUUUCGUUAGAUCACAGUUGAAUUUUAGCUGCAGUCUAAACAACAACCAAACAAACUCACCAUGAAAUUCCUCAUUGCUUUCGCCGCCGUCUUGGCCGUCUCCGCUGCUGUUUACGUAGCCCCAGCUUAUCAUGGAGUAGCCGCCUAUGGUGCCUACACCCCAGCUGCCUACCAUGGUGCCUACGCCACCCCAUAUGCUGGUAUCUACGGUGCCCACCAUCUGUAUAAACGUGGAAUCUACGCUGCUCCAGUUGCUGCUUACCAUGGUGCCUAUGCCCAUGCUGGUUAUGCCCACCAUGCUUAUGCUACUCCAUACGCUGGUGUCUAUGGAGCUCACCAUCUUUACAAGCGUGGAGUGAUCGCCGCCCCAGUCGCCUAUGGUGCUUAUGCUCAUGGUGCCUAUGCCCAUCAUGGUUAUGCCCAUUCCGCAUACGCUACCCCAUAUGCCUUCGGUGCCCACCAUCUGUACAAACGUGGAAUCUACGCUGCUCCUUUGGCUUACCAUGGUGCCUCUGUUGCCCACACCGCCUACAACACCCCAUUCGUCCCACGUUACUACUAUUAAAUGAUUAUGACUAUUAAAUGUUACCGACAAGAUUGUAUAGAUUAAAAUAAAUAAAUAAAAA